GACGGGAAGCGGGGGGCCGGGCACACAACCUGGAGUCUCUUUAUUGCUGGCCAUCCACUGACGCAUACGCUCAGAAGCACACAGACGCAGGCGCAAACACGAACAAGCAUCACGCCGCGAAUGAACAUGGGAGACACUCAGAUCAUCAUCGGAGAGAAAGAUGCGACGAGGAUCCCUCCGUACUCAUCACAGGAAGGGAUUAACAGUCUGAUCAGAAAAUCACAAGAGGCCAAAGAGUUUGCUUACUGUCCCUACAGCAAAUUCAGAGUUGGGGCAGCUGUGGUGACCCACGAUGGGACAGUUUUCACAGGUUGCAAUGUGGAAAAUGCCUGCUAUAACCUGGGAAUUUGCGCUGAAAGGAAUGCUAUUUCAAAAGCUGUAUCUGAAGGAUACAGGACCUUCAAGGCUAUAGCAAUCACAAGUGAUCUAAAUGAACAGUUCAUCUCACCUUGCGGUGGUUGCCGACAGUUCAUGAGAGAGUUUGGCACCCAUUGGGAGGUGUUUCUGUCGAAGCCAGAUGAAUCAUACAUGGAGAUGACCGUGGAAGAACUUCUGCCCGUGUCCUUCGGCCCAGAAGACUUGACGAGUAAAAAACUGUUUACCAUGCAGAAUGGCUAUUAAUUUCAAAUGACAAAUCAAAAGGACAGUUUGAUGCCAGUACAGCAUUAUUCAGUGUUCAGUACUUUUUUCUAACCACUGAAAGAAGAUCCGUGAUAAGUCACACCACAGUAGUGUUAGAAAAGUGAGUUGAUUGGCUAUUGUUAAUAUUUAUUAAUAUGUAUAAGAAGUCCACCAGUUAAGUACAUAAGUGUAUAGCAGAGAUGAUUCAUCUGAAAUGAAAAAUCAAAAGAUUGUUUGAUGUCAGUAUAGCAUUACUCAGUGGCUGGUGUUUUUUUUCUGAUGAUCCAUGAUCAGUUACACUACAAUAGUGUUAGAAAUGUGACCUCAUUGGUUAUUGUUAAUAUUUAUGAAUAUAUACAUAUAUAUAUAUGAGAAACUUACAUAAAGUACAUAGUGUAUAGCAAAAGUAUGAUUGUGUGGAUAGAAAUUAUUUUAAUUCAUUUUGCAUUGCUGUAUGUCCAGUUGUAAAGCUAAUGCACUGUACAGUAAAUAAACUGUACAGAUUUGUGCUUGUGAUGGGAAUUGUGUUGUCCAAUGGAAGGAGGAGGUAGCAUUGUUGGGCUGCUAGUGGAAAGUCUUUACUGUAGACAAAAAAAGGUAAAUAAAAAAAUACCCAUAA